AUGGCAGAGCAAGGUGGUGGCGGCGGCGGUCGUGGCCCUUUCUUCUUCGAUCCUGCACGACAGCAGCGAUACUAUUACGACCGUCGUACGAAUGAGUACGUCUACGAAGACAACUACAGAGUUCCAGCCCAGCCUUCGCCCUCUGAUCCACGCACCGCAAAUCGUUCUAUACCGAGGGGCGGCCAAGCUGCCGUGGCAUCUCAGUUUCGGCUGCAAGAUGCGACAUCACCUACAAGAGCGCGGGAGUAUGCACAUAAUGCGGUUGGCGAGCAACCGCCAUAUGGUGGCCGAAGGCAAUCCCAGUCUUCCAGCCUUGAGCAAGAUAUGGCGAAUAUGAAUCUGGCAACCCCCGCUGCCCCCUCCACGAGCCAAUACGAACGCAACGGAAUACGGUUCACGGACGUGCAGAAUCCAAUAAGUCAGGUGCGGACCGUCGUUGGAACGUAUCCUCCAAAUCGGAUUACCGAUCCUUUCUUUUCUCAACGCGGAAUCCAUGCACAGCAAAUGCUCAUGGCGAUCGACGGUCCCGAAGCCGAAGACUUGUGGCCGACUUUUCGCCUUCAAAAACGCGGCUUCUUCAAAGUCGGGCGGGUAUUCCUUGUGCUCUGGGCUGAACCAGCUGGCGAGUCCCGUGCCAGUAUCAUUUCGAAACCGGAAAUCAGCGACCGCUCUCUUUUCGCCGGGGCAUACAACACGAAAGUGCACUCCAAAGUUCGAAGGUUUGUUGUGAUUCGUGAAGGCGAGAACUAUUGCAGCGCCCUUCCUGUCACAACUUACGGGGGCCAGGGCGUCGCAAAAGCGUCCGUAAAGAAGUCGGAACACGCUAUCAUCCACACGACUCGUGAGGCACCGCCAGCACUUUCAUCUGAGCAGCCAAGUCGCGAGGAGCACGGAGGGAUGAGGCCAAUUCCCAUUCGUGUAAUACCGGACGAAAAGACUGAGACCCUUGAUCCCAUGUCACGAAUCGAUUUCGGCAAGAUUCAUACUAUUCAACAUAACCUUAGGGUACGAUCACUGGGUAACGUCCACGCUCAUUCGGUCAAUGCUUUAAAGACUCAAUUCGCCAAUGUUUGGAGUCAAACAACAGCCCCUGAUCCUCAAACAGUGGUAGCAAGUUCAUCGGGGUCUCGUGGCCAAGCAAAUCUUCCCGCAGCACGGUCUUCCAGCAAGCAACCCGUAAGAGGCGGUCGAAGCCAGGCAAGACACCCAGCCGCAGAGGAAAGUGAGGGGGAGAGUAGCGGCGAGGAGAGCGAGGACAACAAUGGCAGCAGCGAUGAUGAUGAUAGCGGACCAGAGGACCAGCGCAAGCAAAGUCGACCUGCACUGCCGCCGCCCACGAUCGCAGGUGCGUCGUCCUCUCAGCGCAACACUCAAACACAAGCAGGAACAUCCAGCGGCGCAGCCCAAGUGUCAUGGGACAUGCGCGUUGCACAAGCUAGGAUUUCUUAUCGUAACAGGAUUCAAAGAGGCUACACACCAAUCCAAGCAGUGGCAGAAAUGGUCGCAGGUCUCCAGCAGCAGGGUAGAUCGAAGCUGGAGGCCGAAAACGAGAUUCGUGCCUUGCUCUCGACGGACCAGUCUUAG